AUGUCAACAACAACAACAAAGAUAAAUAAUAAAAAGAAGGUAGCUGUUGUUGUAGCACCACAACAAAAACAACAAGAUAAUAAACCUUUAAAAUCAAUUUUAAAGAAACCUGAAGUUGUUCAACCAUCUGUACAAAUCAAUAAGAAGAAUAACAAUAAUAAUAAUAAUAAUAUUAAUAAGAAUAAACAAAUUAGUAAAAAUAAGAAAGUUGUUGAAGAAGAAGUCGAAGAAGAAGAGGAGGAUGAAGAUGAAGUAGAGGAAGAGGUUGAAUCUGAUGAUGAAGAAUUAGAAGAUGAUGAAGAAUUGGAGGAAUUAGAGGAUGAUGAAGAAGUUGAAUCUGAUGAAUCUGAAGAAGAAGAUGGUGAAAGAGUUACAGAAUUAGUUACAGUUGGAUGUUAUGAAAAUUCAAUAUUUGGAUACGAAGCUAUUCUCUUGUCGGAUUACCCAGAGAUGAAACAUCCGGAAGGACUGGAGGUACAUUUCGAAAAGUUGUUUGCAUACGCCUCACAUACCGGUUGUGUAAAGGCAGUGGGAUCGGGUGGACCGUUCAUGGUAAGCUCUUCGACUGACGAGACAAUGAAGGUCUAUCGUUUGGACAAGCGUGAGGAGUUUGGAACACUCUCGAAACACGAGGGAUUCAUUACCGACCUCCAGUUCUUCAAUGACACUCAUAUGGUGGCGGCGUCACGUGACCAUACCCUGAGUGUUUGGCGUGUACGCGACUGGGAGUGUCUCAAACAGCUAAAGGGACACAAGGACUGUGUCAACUCGGUAUCGAUUCAUCCCUCUGGAAAGGUGGCGUUGUCCGUCGGCAAGGACCGUCGUAUCUUCCUCUGGGACAUGUUGCGUGGUGUCGCCGCACACUACCAGAAACUCCCAAAGGAAGGACUGCUUGUGGAGUGGUCACCAGCUGGCGAUAGCUAUGCCGUGGUGUUUGCCGACCGGCUUGUACUCUACACAGCGGAAAGCAAGGAGAAGUUUUCGUUUGACUUCAAACAGCAGUUGCUAGCGAUCAAGUAUAUCGACGAGGAGUUACUCGCGGUUGGCGGUGAGGACAAGACAAUUAGCAUCGUCAACCACAAGACUGGAAAGAUCGUUAAGCAGUUGGAGGGUAGCGAGACAAGAAUCAAGGGAUUGGAGUUGCUCAGAUUCAAGAGUAGAGAGAGUCAAUCGUUGACUCCCUACGUGGUGUCGAUCAGUUCCGACGGUUUGAUGACCGUUUGGAAUGUCGACUUGGAGUUCCCGGUUGGCAUGGCAGAGACAGAUGCAAGACUUACCUGUAUAACAGUAUCAAAGAUCAGAGAUAACGAUAGAGUUGUUGCAAAUGAUGAUGAUGAUGAUGUUGAUGAGCAAGACGAUGUUGACGAAGCGGAAGGAGAUGUUGCUAUGAAUGAAGAAGAGGACACUGGUGAAAGACUACAGGUUGACGUAGAGUAUGAGGAUGAGAAUGGUCAACUCAAAGGUAAAAAGAAUAAGAAGCAACAGGCAAGAGCAAAUAGAAAGAAUCAAAAGAAUAAACAACAAAAACAACAACAACAACAACAACAAAAAAAUACAACAUCAACUUCACCUUUAACAACAACCAAAAAAGAGGUACCAAAGAAACAAUUCACAAAGAAACCAUUCACAAAGAAGCCAAACCAACCAAUUAAAUCAAAAAAUAUUACUUAA